AGCAUCCAAGAAAGGGAAGAUAUAAAAGUGCCUAGGAUCGAAAAUGGGCCUAACCACCAUUCUACGCGGGUUCAAAGUCCCCAUCUCGGUCCUCGACCGCUUCUUCGAAUCCAACGGCGUAAUGCAAACCUGGGGUUACCCUCCCAGAUACGACCGCCUUCCCCUCCCUGGCUCGGACCGCCCAACCCUGGACCCCCAGUCCGCGUUCCUGCGAACCAAACUGGGCGUUACCCGCCGCGGACGGGAGGGAAUGUCCCAGUCAACCCAUGCCUACGUGGCCUACGCCUAUCUCAUGGUCUUUGCCCAGCGCCAGAUCGACGUCGCCGCGGAGUUGCCCGACACAGCCCCGCCGGGCUUCGCAAGGCUGCGGAGCGAGAUUCUGGAAUUUGCGACGGAGGGAGAGGAGGGGCUUCUGCACACCGCCGGGAUGCAGGGCGGUGAGGGACAAGAUCCGUCAAGUUCGUUGUUUAUUGUCGUCACCGAUGAGCGAGAGUAUCCGUUCAAGGGGCCUUUCAUGCGGGAGUCGGACCUUCGUUGCAACCAGUGCGCGGCGGUAUUUGAGGAUUGGCUCCUCUUGAAAAGCCACCGAAAGGAUGCACACGGAGUUGAGAUAGAAAGGGACACUCUACCUGAUGACCUUUAGGCCCGAUACUUUGUACACUGGUAGGUAUAGUUCAAACACUUUUCUCGGGCAUUCUUGAAAUCAGCUCCGUGGAUUUUGGGUGGUACCGUGGUAGACGAUCUGUACACUGGCAGGACAGGAACCGAGCAUGAAGCUGCCUCGUGCGGCUUGGGUCAUUGCACGGAAUAUACGUAAAUAGGUACCCAUUUCCCAGGCUCAACGGCUCGGGGUUCAUCUCCUCGGCGUACCCGACCGGAAACAAUGACAGCUUCUUGUCCUUAUCGCUA